GCGAAAGUUCGCCGGCAGCAUCCAGUGACAUCGCGGAGCUCGGCGCGCGCGUUUCGUUCGUCGCGUGGAGGGACCGAUCCCGCGAAUCCACGAAUCCGUCGUGGACAAUCAUCGAGAAAUUAAAAUCGCAACGUGUCCAAAGAGUCCGGAGUCCGAGAGUGCGGAACGACCGUGCGCGAGUUCACGCACCGUCGCGACGUCGGCAUCGAACAGCGAUUCUCCCUUGAAGAAUCUUUCGAACCUUCCCGUUAGCCCGUUGGAGGAUACCGCUCGUUCGCGAAGUGACACACUUGAUGACGCUAAGUCGACGACAGGCGGGAGGGAGUAUAUUAUUGCACGCAAGAUUAUCAGCGCAAUCCGGAUCGAUAACAGUAGUGCGUUGAUGAUGCAGCGCGCGCUCGAGGACGAUGCGGCGAGGAGAUGGUCUCCGGGAUCGAGUGAAUAGUGGCGACGAGGGUCGCAGGUCGUCACGGACGCCGAUGAUAACCCGUGACACCACGUGUUCGCGACAUACGAAGACGACGACGACGACGACACCGGCAACGACGGUGACGUUGACGCCGAGACGACCCGCCGCGGUGAUGCCGUGAUGCGUGUAACAUGUGUGCGAGCUGCAUCUAGCUGUGCGUUUUGAUCGAGUGUUAAAGGAUUGACGGCUCAGGUAACGGUCCUAAUUCGGUUCAUUUUCGUAGUGAUGCUCGUAAUGCGGAAUGCAGUAGUCACUUGAAGUGUUAUGUGCGCGGGACUUCAACGAAAAGCUGCAGAUUAAAUCUCAAAGGAUAUUGCGUGAGAAUCGAACGAGACGCGAACCACGUUAGAAUGGUUCGAGGGUGAAAUCGGCUAAGAGACGUUCGUCAGUAUGCUGCGGAUAUUGAUAGUAGUGACGUGCAUCGAGAUAUCGACGCUCGCCAGUGCACAGUUGAAACGGACUACUUCCUUUAAUGCGAAUGAUGCGAACAGCGACGAACCUAAUCACCCAAUACCCAUGGUAUCGAUACAGGGGGUGGCGGGUCAGAAGGCGAUGCUGCCGUGUAACAUACAGCCCCGCGAGUCGAAUGACGCCGUCUCCAUGGUACUCUGGUUCAAAGAGGACAGCGGUGAGCCCCUGUUCAGUUAUGACGCGAGGAGUCCGCAGUUUGGCAAGGCGAAGCAAUGGAGCGCCCCGCAUUUUUGGGGUAACCGGGCGUCCUUUCGUGCGAGCUUGCCGGCACAGCUGACAGUUCAAGAUCUCCAGGAGAGUGACGAGGGCGUUUACAGGUGCAGGGUGGAUUUCCGGAACUCGCCGACCAGGAACUUCAAAGUUAAUCUCACCGUUAUAGUGCCGCCGGCGAAGCCGAUAAUCUAUGACGCAAAGAGGCGAGAUAUGAGCAAACUCCUCGAGGCUUAUCCGGAGGGAGCCGACUUGUUCCUGGUCUGCGAGGUGCACGGCGGCAAACCUAGGCCACAGGUUUCAUGGUAUUUAGAAUCGCAGAACAUUCAUGCUUCUACCGAGGUUCGAGAAACACAAGGACUUGGCGGUGAGACCAACGUCGUAACCAUCAGCAAUGUGACUGUGAAGGCCCUCACGAGGAGGCAUCAUCAUGCCAAGCUGUCCUGUCGAGCGAAUAACACUCAAUUAGCGUCUCCGCCUACCACUGCCGUCAUCAUAGAGCUUAACAUGAAGCCGCUCAAGGUGGAGAUUUUGGAGAAGGAUCAAAUUCUGUCAGCCGGGAAGAGGUAUGAAGUGAGGUGUCAGAGUACGGGCUCGAAGCCGCCAGCAGUCCUGACCUGGUGGAAAUCCUCGAAACAGCUGAAGGGACAGAGGAAAAGCGACGGCAUGAGUCUGCUACAAUUCACGCCGACUGUGGAGGACGAGGGGAAGUUUCUGGUGUGUCGUGCCGAGAAUCCAAAGUUGUCGGAAGCCGGCAUCGAGGAUCGAUGGAAGCUGAAAGUGCACUUCGCGCCUAUCGCCAGUCUGAAGAUGGGCUCCACCUUGAAUCCAAAGGACAUCAAGGAGGGUUCGGACGUCUACUUCGAGUGCAACGUCAGGGCGAAUCCCAGGUCGUACAAGCUGACCUGGUUCCACGAGGGGGAGGAGCUGCAUCACAAUGUCACUGCCGGCGUGGUGCUCUCGGACCACUCGCUGGUGCUGCAGAGCAUAACCCGAGAGUCCGCCGGAGGGUACACCUGCAUGGCCGCGAACGUCGAGGGCCGUGCUAAGUCCAACGCAGUCAAUCUCGAGGUCAUGUUCGCGCCCGUUUGCAAGCACGUGCUGAACUCGGGCGUAGGCUGGAGGCAUCAGAACGCCACCCCGCCGCCGUUCAACAUGCCCGAGGAGGUGCACGGCGCCCUGAAACACGAGACCAUAAGUUUAGUUUGCGAGGUCGAGGCCAGCCCCACCACGGUGACCUUCCAUUGGACCUUCAACAGUAGCGGCGACCUCAACGACGUUCCGUCCAACAAGUACACCAGCGAGGGUACCAUCAGCAGGCUUAAUUAUACCCCGUUGACCGAUAUGGAUUACGGGAUCCUGGGCUGCUGGGCUAGUAACGCCGUCGGUCAUUCCAAGCAACCCUGCCUCUAUCAGGUCAUUGCCGCAGGCAGACCUUACCCGUUGCAGAACUGCACCACUUACAAUCUGAACGGCUCCUGGGUGAGGAUAUCCUGCGUCGAGGGAUACGACGGCGGUCUGCCGCAGAAAUUCGUUGCCAUCGUGGGCAACCGGCGUCUGGAGUCCUCGAGUCCGUACUGGGAAUUCCAGUUGCUUAAGCCGGCAAAGGUCGCCCUUUACGCGGUGAACGCGAAGGGUUCCAGCGAGCCGUACGCCAUAGAGGUUGCCUUGAAAGGGGUGGCCAAGUUCACCGGCGAGUCGACGUCCUCGGUCGACAUGUCACCGAUCCUGAUUGGACUCGGGGGCACGGCGACCGGCCUGGGAUUAAUCGUGACCGGUGUGCUAAUGGCGCUCUGGAGGAGGCACGCAGCCACCCCCACGAAGCCGAAGCCGCCGCCGCAGCAGCCAAGCAUCGCGACUUUCGCGGGUAAGGGCGAGGAGGAAGACGGCAAUCCGGAUCUCAUACCCACGACGGCCUUGACCAAUCAUCUCACAGACAGAAAGCUCCCUCGUUACGGGUCCCUACCACGAAGACCACGUCAGCUGGAAGGACGCGAGAUGUCUCACGACGUCCUAGAAGAUUCAGAUUAUCCAAGAGCAUCACCGAACACAUUCUACAGUCUUCAAAGGCCGCACUCAGAGUCGAUCGGCAGGAGUAUUCAAGAGAGUUGCAUUUAAAAGGUCAAACACCGGCUGGGACGUUAAGAAAAGUGGGCGAGCGGCAGUCUAGAUGGAUGGACGAGAAGAUCCAGACGUCUACCGCAUCGCCUAACUUCCGGGUCGUCGACCAUCGUUCAACAGGGUAUAGGAGGAGGCCCCUGGACCAUGGCUGAUGGAGACUGGUGUAAGAAGACGCGAUGAACGCCAUACGUUCGCACGUGUUGGCGCGUACUAAAAGACAUUUAUAUAGCCACUUUGAUUCACACUACGCCUUUGUAAAUAUUGUACAUAAAUAAACACAUCAAUUUCGUGUUA